AUGCUAGAACAGCAUAUAGUAGAACCCAAAGGAAAAGAGAUUUACAGCGAAACGCAACUGGAUGAAUCCAAUGAUCUCUUUCGCCGUUCCACUCUGAAAAAAAGACAACAGCAACAACAACAAAAACCACCUUUAAAAAGAGACAUGAAAGAAAAAUUUCAGGAUCUGUUUAGACGCAAUAAGCGUGUGACAGAUGGCUCUCCACGUACCAUCUAUAUAAACAGCCAACCACUAAAUGACCAACAAAAGUUUAUAUCCAAUUCGAUUUCAACAGCAAAAUAUAACCUUUUUACAUUUCUACCAAAAUUUCUAUACGAAGAAUUCAGUAAAUCAGCAAAUGUCUUUUUCUUGUUCAUUUCUGGCAUUCAACAAAUUCCGAAUAUUUCCCCUACUUCCAGAUAUACAACACUUGUUCCUUUGGUUAUUGUUUUGUUGAUCACUGCCAUCAAAGAAAUCAUUGAAGAUUUCGGUGUACAUAGAUCCGAUCGAGAAUUAAAUUCUCGUAAAUGUAAAAUAUAUGACGGAUCACAAUUUAUUGAGAAACAAUGGCGAGAUCUGAAAGUAGGAGACAUUUGUCGUAUUGAAAAUUCGCAAUUCUUUCCAGCCGACCUUAUUCUACUCAGCAGCUCAGAACCAGAGGGUCUUUGUUAUAUCGAAACGAGUAAUCUGGAUGGUGAAGUCAACCUAAAGAUCAAACAAGCCUUACCAGAGACAGCAACGUGUAUCUCACCUGCUCAAAUAUCUACCUUAACAGGCACAAUUAAAUCAGAACAACCCAACAAUAGACUGUAUAAUUAUGAUGGUACACUGUCAACGACAAGUCAUGAAUUAGGAGGCAAAACCAAAGAUUUUCCUCUUGAUCCCAACAUGCUGUUAUUAAGAGGUGCCCAACUCAGAAACACAAGUUGGAUUUAUGGUAUUGUUGUGUUUACAGGACAUGAAACAAAACUCAUGUUAAACUCGAGUAAGAAGCCAACCAAAGCUUCAAAUGUGACACGUAAAACAAAUAGAAAUAUCUUGUAUUUGUUUGGUAUGUUGGUGACCAUGAGUAUCUUGUGUUCUGCUGGUAGUUAUGCUAUAUCUGUACGUGAGGGAUCAAAUCGAAGUUACAUGCUAUUGCCUUCCUCUGAGCUUGCUUCUGAAUUUGGUUAUAACAUCUUGACAUUCAUGAUUUUAUUCAACAGUUUUAUUCCCAUCAGUUUAAUGGUGACCAUGGAAAUUGUAAAGUACAUACAAGCUUCCAUGAUUGACAACGACCUAGACAUUUACUAUGAAAAGACAGACACACCAGCAGUAGCUCGUAGUAGUAGUUUGAUUGAAGAAUUGGGGCAAGUGGAAUACGUCUUCUCGGAUAAAACAGGUACAUUGACAUGCAACGAAAUGGAGUUCAGAGAGUGCUCAAUUAGUGGACUUUGCUAUGCUACUGUUCCUGAUCCCGAUAAGCGUCCUAUAUCUGACAAUGAUCCUAAAGGACAAUAUUCAUUUAAACAGCUGGAAGAGCAUUUAGAGAACUCCCUAUAUCAAAAUGUGAUCAAUGAGUUUUUGACAUCGCUUAUGACUUGUCAUACAGUCAUUCCUGAAACCAAUGAGGAGACUGGAAAGAUUGUUUAUCAGGCAUCUUCACCCGAUGAAGGCGCUCUUGUGAAUGGAGCCAACAAUGUCUUUGAUUACAAGUUUGUGGCACGUAAGCCUCAUUCCAUUAGUUGUAUACGUAAAGGGAUAGAAGAAGAAUACCAAAUUCUGAACGUAUGUGAAUUCAAUUCGACUCGAAAACGUAUGUCGGUUGUGCUUCGUGGCCCUGAUGGCCGCAUCAAAUUGUACUGUAAAGGCGCUGAUACUGUCAUUCUGGAACGUUUGUCUGAUGACAAUCCUUUUGUAACAUCCACACUUGAGCACCUCGAGGCUUAUGCUUGUGAGGGUUUAAGAACCUUAUGUUUUGCUAUGCGCGAAAUAUCAGAAGAGGAAUAUGCGAAAUGGUCUGCCAUUUAUGAAAAAGCAUCUACAACACUUGUGAACCGUGCUCAAGAACUAGACGAUGCAGCAGAAAUCAUUGAAAAAAAUAUGUUCUUGCUGGGUGCUACAGCUAUUGAAGAUAAAUUGCAAGAUGGUGUACCUGAUACAAUUCAUACAUUACAUGAAGCCAAUAUUAAAGUAUGGGUUUUGACAGGUGAUCGACAAGAAACAGCCAUCAAUAUCGGCUAUAGCUGUAAAUUACUUACAGAAGAAAUGGAUCUAGUGGUCUGUGAUGAAGAAGACCAUAUGUCUACAAAAUCAUUUUUAGAAGAAAAACUGGCACAUAUUGUCUCGCUCGAACAACAUAUGCAACAUGAUCCCUUAGCUUUUGUUAUUGAAGGAAAAUCAUUGACUUUUGCGCUUGAAAAAGAUUUAGAAAAGACAUUUUAUGAUUUAGCCACACGUUGUAAAGCUGUUGUCUGCUGUCGUGUGUCUCCAUUACAGAAGGCACUUGUGGUUAAAGUUGUCAAAAAGUUCAGCAAGUCCAUUUUGUUGGCUAUUGGUGACGGUGCUAACGAUGUAUCUAUGAUCCAAGCUGCCCAUGUUGGCAUUGGUAUUAGUGGUGUUGAAGGCUUGCAGGCUGCUCGAAGUGCGGAUUUUGCUAUUUCUCAAUUCCGUUUUCUCAAAAAGUUAUUGCUUGUUCAUGGUGCUUGGGCUUACCAACGUCUCAGUAAAAUGAUCUUUUUCUACUUUUACAAAAAUGUAGCUUUGUAUUUGACUCAAUUUUGGUAUGCUAUUUUUAAUGGGUUCUCUGGUCAAACAUUGUAUGAAUCAUGGACCAUGUCUUGUUUUAAUGUGAUCUUUACAUUUUUGCCACCCAUGGCUAUUGGUAUCUUUGAUCAAUUUGCCUCUGCAAGAUUACUGGACAAGUACCCUCAAAUGUACAUUUUAGGACAAAAGAACGAAUUCUUUAACCAAAAGCGAUUUUGGGGUUGGAUUGUGAAUGCUGUGUAUCAUUCUGCUCUGCUGUUUUUCAUCGGUAUGGCUGCAUUUGUAGACGAUUCUGUAUUUAAACUAGGAUAUUCUGGAGGUCAGUGGUGGGUAGGCACAACCAUCUUCACUGCUACUUUGGCCACUAUUUUAUGGAAAGCAGCGCUGAUUACUGAUAUCUGGACAAAAUACACCAUCAUUGCUAUUCCCGGCUCAUUUUUGAUCUGGUUCAUCUUUCUGCCUUUUGUAGCCUAUUUUGGCCCUUUGGUUCCUUGGGAGAUUUUCAUGGAAUAUUACGGCAUUGUACCCUUAUUAUUUGGUAAUCUAAACUUUUGGCUUUUCGUCAUUGUGGUGCCUUUGGGUUGUAUCUUGCGUGAUUAUAUUUGGAAAUAUAUUAAGCGCAUGUAUCGACCUCAAAGCUAUCAUUAUAUUCAAGAGAUUCAAAAAUACAAUCUGCCAGAUUAUAGACCUCGUAUGGAUCGUUUCCGUCGGGCAGUAAACAAGGUACGCAAAAUUCAAAGGCUCAAGCAAUCGCGUGGUUUUGCUUUUACACAAAAUGAAAAUGACCAAUCAAGAAUUAUUCGCAUGUACGAUACAACACAACAAAAACCUUCUGGAUAG